AUGUUGUUUGUGGCACUUCUUUUGUCUGCUGCUCUAGCUGGGAACGGCAACAAUGUAAAAGGAAAGUUGCUUCUAGUCCCGUACCCACAAAUUGUGGAAGCAAACUUUUUGAAUCCGACCUCGAUUUCUGCGACGUCGAAGAUUACAUAUACUUUAUCAGACAACUGCAAAGGUAACACUGAGUGUGUGGAAUUUGUGAAGAACAAUUUCAAUCACUCGAUUACCUUCCCCUUACAAAGACAAAUGAAUUUAGACGACUUUAGACUGUCCCUCUUUGCCCCAAUUGACUUAAUCAAUUUGACACCCGACAUCCAAAACAGUGUCCAGACGAUUUCCAUUGAACUCACAGCUGAAGACUUCUUCCCUGAACUUACGAUUGGAGUUGAUGAGAGUUACACUUUAGAUAUAACGACAGAGAGCAUUUCUAUUAAGGCGCCGACUGUCUUUGGUCUCAGAAACUCAUUUGAGACAUUAGUCCAGUUGUUCCGACCGUACAAUGGGAAGUACGUCAUCACGCAGGUACCAAUUUCUAUUAAAGACUUUCCACGAUUCAAAUGGAGAGGGUUGAUGGUGGACUGUGCACGGAAUCCAUUCACUCUUUCGACUUACUAUAAGAUCAUCAAUGCAAUGGCGAUGUUCAAGUCAAAUAUGUUACACUUGCACUUGACGGACGGGCAGACGUUCUUAUUUGAGUCGACGGAAUACCCACUUUUGUCUCAAAAGGGGAGUUACACACAAAAGAAAGUGUUGACUCAGAAGUUCCUCAAAGAGUUGAUAGCAUAUGCCAAGACUCGAGGCAUCAUAGUGUACCCAGAGAUUGAUCUCCCGGCGCACGCGGCGUCUUGGGGGAUCGGGUAUCCCGACAUAGUUGCUGAUUGUUGGGACUACAUCAAGACGUGGACGUAUAAUGAGAACCUUCCCGCGCUCAAUCCUGUGACCGACGAGACUUUUAAAGUGCUUGACGCGUUAUUUGGGAAAGAGUUACCGAGUGUCUUUACUUCCGAGUACAUUCACAUCGGUGGUGAUGAGAUGAAUGAAGUCGCAUGGUCGAGGUCCAAAGAAGUGAGUGCGAUCAAUGCUUGGAUGACUGAGAAAGGAAUUAAGACGUAUUUAGACUUAGAAGGGUACUUUAAUAAGUAUGUCCAGACUCAAGUGAUCAAUGCCAACAAGAAGGGAGUAGCAUGGGAAGAGGUCUAUGCCAAAGGAAAUGCGGAUCUUUCCACAGUCAUUCAAGUGUGGUCCAAUAUCACUUACUUGAAAAUGGCAGUAGACGACGGUUAUAAAGCUAUUUGGUCCGAAGGGUUAUACCUUGACGUCCAAGCUCCUGCUUGUCCUGAUAGUGAACGUGUUGAGAAAGGAUGUAAAGUGAGUCAUAUGUAUGUCUGGACUAAUAGAGACUUUUAUAACAGUGAUCCUACUAUCGACUUCUCACCUGAGGAACUGGAGAAUGUCUUAGGCGCAGAAGCAGCGUCGUGGCAUGAAAGUGUCGACGACCAAAACGUGAUGGAGAGAAUUUUCCAGAGAUAUGGCGCUAUAUCGGAAAGACUGUGGAGUCCAAGUUAUUAUACUGACGCGGAUUCACUCGAAGUCAGAGCCGAUUAUUUAAGAUGCGUCGGAUUAAGAAGAAAUAUCUUGAAGGGGUCCGGUCCACUCUACCAUUCGUAUUGCCAACUUCCUGAGAACCUUUAA